AUGCUGCGCAUCACGACGAGCGCCGACCGCGGCGGCAAGGGCGGAACAGACGCGACAGACGACGGGGCUGCCACCUCCCCCUCCCCGUCGCUUUCCCCCUCGCCUUCCCCUUUAUCCCCCGCGCUUUCCCCUUUCUCCCCCACGCCUCCGCCGUUCUCCCCGUCGUCCGCGUCCGCGCAAAUCAGCCGGCGCCGGCUGCACAUGAGCUACGACUUCGACGGGGAGAGCAGCAGCGGCGGGGAGGGCGGCGCAGGCGGAAGCGGAAGCGCGCGUCGAGUGCGGCAGGGGCACCGCAGCUUCUCCCACCGCUCCGGAGUGCUCUCCCCUCCCGAUACUUCCUCCUUAGGAUCGCCCGCCCCCGCCGCCAGGCCCGCCAGUCCCCUGGGCAGUCCGCGCAGAAGCGCGAUUGGGGGGCUUGGCGCGCUUGUAGAGGGUGGGGGCGGGGAGGCGGGAUUGGCGCUCAGGCCCUUGCGGCUGGGGAAGGGGAGUCCAGGCGGGGGCGCCGCAGUCGGACCUGCCGAAAGGUCAGUGGUGAGGAGGGUCGGCGGAGACGGGGGAACAGGCGCAGAGCUGCGUGAUAGCGGUGGCGCGGGGGAAGAGAGCCGGCGGAGUGGGGCGGGUUUAGGUAGUGAGGCUAGGGUGGGGGAGGAAGGGAGCGAGGUGGGCGCAGUCGGUGCCAGGGGCGAGGCUGCGCGGAGUGAUGUGCUCGCGGGGGCGCAAGAGGCGCGGGCGCAAGGUCAAGCGAAAGAGCAAGCGCGUGACGGGACAGCAGCAGCGGCAGCAGGCGCCCUCGGAACGCCCAAGAGCGUGGAGGGCAGGGGCCAAGGGAAGGGAGCGGCUGACCAUGACAGUGACUUUGCGUUCCGAGCAGCGCAGUGGGGCGACGGUGGGGGUGGGCUACGGGAUGGGGGUGUGGGGGUGGUGGCGCAGGAUGGUGGGGUGAUGCGGGAUGGUGGGGUGUUACGGGAUGGUAUGGGGAUGGAUAAUGUUUAUAAUCCAAAUACGGAUGACUCUGAUAGCGAGGAUAUAUGGAGAAGUUGCAAAACAGAGCUAGGUGAACACGAGAAGGUGGAUAGCGAUGAUAGUGGCAGCAGCGAGCAAGCUAGUAACGAGAAUAGAGGGAACGUUGAGGCUCAUAGCGAUGGCAGUGGGCUGCUUGAGGGAGCCAAUAGUGAGGACGCUGGUAGUGAGGAAGCUAGUAGUGAGGACAGUGAGAGUGACGAGACUAGUAUGACGGAUGCUGAAAGUGAGAGUGAGAGAAGGGAGCAAAGGGAGCAAGACGGGGGGCAUGAAGGGUGUGGGGAGAGUGAGGGAGCAGUGGAUGGGGACGGGCGGGCAGGGCUUGAUGGCGAGAAGGGUGGGAGAGAGCUGGCUGCGGGGGAGGAACGAGAGGAAGAGGAGGAAAGCGAGGACGAUGAACGGACGGAGCAAGAGGAGGAGACAGAAGCACAGGGCGCGGCGGGGAAAGGGGAGGCGGGCGAUGAGGAGAGAGGGGAGGAAGGAGGGGAGAAGGUAGAGAGUACUAGAGCCCCUGGUGCUUUAGGUGGUCUGGUUGGUGCUAGUAUUGGUGCUGAUGGUGGUGGUGGUGAGGAAGGGGGGAAUUCUAGGACAAACGAUAGUGAGAACAGCAGGGCAGGGGGUGGCAGUGUCAGGGACGGGUGUGAGGAAAGGAGGGGAGAGGGUGAGGAGAGAGGGGGUAGACUCGAGGAGGAACAGCAGGAGAGUGAGGAGGCAGGGGAGAAAGUCGAGGAGGGAGGGACGGAGAGUGAGGAGAGGGGGGAGAGGGAGGAGAGGGAGGAGAGGGAGGAGAGGGAGGAGAGGGAGGAGAGGGAGGAGAGGGAGGAAAAGGAGGAGAGGGAGGAGAGGGAGGAGAGGGAGGAGAGGGAGGAAAGGGAGGAGAGGGAGGAGAGGGAGGAGAGGGAGGAGAGGGAGGAGAGGGAGGAGAGGGAGGAAAGGGAGGAGAGGGAGGAGAGGGAGGAGAGGGAGGAGAGGGAGGAGAGGGAGGAGCAGUGGGUGGAACCCGUGGGUGGCGGGAACGAGGCAACAGCGACUGGAGUGAGGGUUGCUGUGGGUGGUGCUGGUGCGCAGAUACAGAGUGAGAGUGAACGCAGUGAGAGUGAGAGCAGUGAGAGUGAGAGCAGUGAGAGUGAGAGUGAGGGUGAGGAAAAGGAGAGGGAGAAAGAAGGUGAGAGUGAGGGGAGUGAGGGAGAGAGUGACAAUGAGGGGACUCAGGGAGAGAGUGAGAGUGAGAGGGAGGGUGAGAGUGAGAGGGACGAGGGAAUGGAAGGGCAAGUAGAGUGUGAGAGAGAGGGGUGUUUGAAGGGUGUUGAAGCAGCACCACCGGUGAAGGCUGCUGUGGGUGUUGUGGAGGGGGAAGAGGGUGGGGGCAGUGAGAGUGAGGGGUCUGGGAGUAAGAGUGAGAAUAAGAGUGCGGAGGGAGGGGAAGGGAAGGUGGAGCAUGGAAAGCAGGAGGAAGAGCCUUGGGCUGAUGUUGACGCCACAACAGUGGCUGCACCGAUGGGUGGAGUGGGUGGUGUGGAGCGGGAAGAGAGUGGGGGGAGUGAGAGUGAGAGUGAGGGUACUGAGAGGGAUAGUGGGAGUGAGAGCGAGAGUGAGAAUGAGGAGACUAAGGUUGGGGAGAUUGAGAAUAAAGAGAGUGGAAGUAAGUUGAGCGGGAGUGAGGGAAGUGAGAGUGAGGAGAGUGAGAGUGAGAGUGAGGGAGAGGAGGGGAAGGAAGGGCAGGUAGAGCAUGAGAAAGAGGGGACCUUAAAGGGUGCUGGAGCGACCACACCAGCUGCAGCGGUGGGUGGGGAUCAGGAACAGAGAGAGGGGAGCGAGAGCGAGAGCGAGAGUGAGGAGAGUGAGAGUGGGGUUGAGGGUGAGAGAGAGGAGGGGCAGGAAGGGCAGGUGGAGUAUGAGGAGGGGCAGGAAGGGCAGGUGGAGUAUGAGGAGGGGUCCUUAAAGGGUGUUGAAGCGACAGCGCCAGCUGCACUGGUGGCUGCUGCUGUGGGUGGUGUGGAGCAGGAACAGAGUGAGGGGAGCGAGGGUGAGAGUGAGAGUGAGAGUGAUAUUGAGAGUGUGGAAGAAGGGGACGGGAAGGUGGAGCAUGGGAAGGAGGGGGAGGGGCUCUUGAACGGUGUUGGAAUCACAGCAGCAGCUGCACCGAUGGUUGCUUUGUGUGGUGUGGAGCAGGAACAGAGUGAGGGGAGUGAAAGUGAGAGUGAGAUGGAAGGUGAGAGGGAGAGGGAGAGGGAGAGUGAAACUGAGGAGACUAAGGAGGGGACGUUGGAUGGUAUGGAGAGCUCAGCUCCCCCUUCUGGAUCGAUGGCUGCUGCUGUGGGUGGUAAGGGGCAGGGACAGAGUGAGGGGAGCGAGAGUGAGAGUGACAGCGACGAUGAGGACGGAGUGGAGGGGCAGGUAAAGUGCGGUACGGAGGGGUGCUUAGAUGACGAUGAAGUGGCAGCGCAAGCUGCACCGGCGGCUGCUGCCGUGGGUGGUGUGGGUGAGGAACAGAGUGAAGGGCGUGAUAGUGAGAGUGAAUACAGAGGUGAGAACGUAAUGGAGGCGCAGGUAGAGUGCAGUUCUGAGCGGUGCUUGGAUGAUGAUGCAGCAGCAGCGCCAGCUGCACUGGUGGCUGCUUCUGUGGGUGGUGUGGGGCAGGGACAGGGUGAGGGGCGUGAGAGCGAGGAGACCAAGGGUGGGGAGAUUAAGGACAAGGAGAGUGCGAGUAAGUUGGGCCAGACUGAGGGACGUGAGAGUGAGGAGAGUGAGAGUGAGAGUGUAGAGAGUGAGAGUGAGAAUGGGAGUGUGAGUGAAGAAAGCGAGAGUCAGAGUGAGAGAGAGGAGAGUGCGAAUGAGAGUGAGAGAGAAGAGAGUGGGAUUGAAAGCAAGAAGGAGGAGAGUGGGAGUGAGGGAAGUGGAGAGAGACAAGGGGAUGCAGGGGAGAUGAUUGAACAGGAGAAGGAAGGUGGGGGGCACAAUAGCGGGUGGGGUGAGACGGACGGUGGGAGUGAGACUGGGAGUGAGAGUGAGAGUGAGAAUGUGAGCGAGGAUGAGACUGCCAGCCAUGCCACCUGCAGGGCUGAAGUACCAGAGAGUGCAGCAGUGCUGGAAGUGCUGAGUCCAGUCUUUGCUGCUGCGCCGCACAGCAGACCCGCCCUGCAGGCUCCCUGGGACGACGAUGACGGCGAUGGUGAGAGUGCUCGUGGCCUGGUUGCAGCUGUGGAUGCAGCGGGUGAGGGGGAGCAGCAUAGGGGGAGGAACGGGGGUAGGGAGGGUGCGGGGGCAGUGCAGGACAUGUUUGUAGCAGAGGAGCUGGCGGCUGAGGGCGUGGAGGAGGGGAGUGAGGUGGUGGAGAGUGAGGGAGUGGGGACAGCAGUGGGGGGUAAAGUAACGAGGGCGGCAGUGGAGAGUGAUAAAGGGAGGGCGGCAGCUGCAGUGCAGGACAUGUUUGUGGCAGACGAACUGGCGGCUGUGGGCGAGGAGGAGGAAGGGAGUGGGGAAGUGGAGGAGAGUGAGGGAGAGAAGGGGUCGGCAACGAAUGAGGGAGUGGGGGCGGCAUUGCAGGGUGAUGCAGCGAGGGUGGCAGUGCAGGAUAUGUUUGUGGCGGACGAGGUGGCUGCUCUGGAGGUGCAGAAAGGGAGCAGGGAAGUGGAGAGCGAGGGAGUGCGGGCGGCUGCAGUGGAGGGUGAUGGAGGGAAGGCGGCAGUGCAGGAUAUGUUUGUGGCGGACGAGUUAGUUGCUCUGGGUGCAGCGGAAGUGAGCAGGGAAGUGGAGAGCGAGGGGGAAAAGAUGGCACAUGCGAGUGAAGGGGUAUGGGCAGUAGGGACGGGUGAUAGAGUGAGGGCGGCAGUGGGGAGUGAUGAAGGGAGCACCGCAAUGCAGGACAUGUUUGUGGGCGGGGAACUGAUUACCCUGGGCAUGGAAGUACAAAGCAGGGCGGUAGAGAGGGAUGAAGAGAGGCGGGCAGUAAAGAAUCAGGGAGUGGGUACGGCAGUGGAGGAGGGAAAUGCAGUAAGGGGGCCAGGGCAGGACAUGUUUGUGGCGGGGGAACUUUCUGGCCUGGGGGUGGAGGACGGGAGUGGGACAGUGGAGAGGGAUGGAGAGGAAUGGGCGGUGCAGCACGAGGGAGUGAGAAUGCGAGCGGCGAGUGAGAGUGAGAGAGGCGAGAAGCAGGACAUGUUUGUGGAGGGCGAGCUGGUUGCCCUGGGCGUGAAGGAGGAAGGGGGUGUGAAAGUGGAGAGCGAGGGAGAGAAGAGGGCAGGGGAGAGGGCGGCAGGGCAGGACAUGUUUGUGGCGGGGGAGCUGGUUGCUCUAGGCGUGGAGGAAGGGAGUGGGAAAAUGGAGAAUGAGGGAGUGGGGGCAGCAGUGGCGAGUGGUGGAGGGAAGGCGGCAGUGCAGGAUAUGUUUGUAGAGGGGGAGCUUGCUGGGCUGGGCGUGGAGGAAGAAAGUGGGCCAGUGAAGAUUGAGGGGGAGAAGGACGCAGUAAGGACUGAGGGGCUGAGGGCGGUAGUGGGGAGUGAUGCAGGGUGGCUGGCAGUGGGGAGUGCUGAAGAGAGGGAGGCGGUGCAGGACAUGUUUGUGGAGGGGGAGCUUGCUGGGCUGGGCGUGGACCGGGAGGGUGGGGAGAUGGAGAGGCAUGACGGGGUGGGGGUGUCAGGCAGAGAGGUGGGGGUGGAGGGGCAUACAACCGCACAACCGGUAUCGCCUGCUGCUGCCGCUGUGGCUGCUGCAGCUGCUGCUUCCACUGCUGCAGCUGCUGCCUCUGUUCUUCCCAUUCUGGCCAGGCCCCACGCCCCCCACAGCCACGUCCCCCACGCCCCGCACGCGCCCCACACCCCCCUCAGCCCCCCCACGACGCCCAAGAGCGGUGUGAGUCCGAACGCGCGGCAGCGCAUGCAGCGGGCGGCGAGGAAGCUGCAGUUCGUCACGUUCCUGCGCUCGCACAUGGGGGGGAAGGCGGAGGGCGGGGUUGGUGGGACACACGUGGGGAACAUGGCGGAGGGUGGGGCGCACGUGGGGGGAAGGGUGGAGGGUGAGGCGCAGGUGGGGGGAAGAGCAGAGGGUGAGGCAGGUGGUGCGCAGGUGGGAGGCAGGGCGGAGCAUAGGACUGAUGAGGAGCGACGGAAUGACCUUGAAGUCAAACUGGAGAGAGAAGCGGGGGUGGGUUGGGACGGCCCUGUGGGUGGUGAGGGGGAGAGCUUGGUGGUUGGUGAGAGCACAGCGAGUGUGAUGGAGGCGAUGCAGCGUGCUGAUGGUUCUCUGGGUGGUGGGGCGGACAGCUCGAUAGGUGAUGGCGCCACAGCACGUGUUGAGGAUGCGGUUGAGCGAGGGGGAAGGCUGUCUCCGGAAAGAGAGAAAUAUGAGGAGGAGGAUUCAAGGGAUGAGCAUGCAGGGGGGAAUGGUGUGUGGAGCAAGGGAGAGGAGGCAGGGAGUGAGAGGCAUGUGACAGAAAAUUCAAGGGCAAGUGAGAGACGGCAGGUGGAACAGUAUAUUGAGAGCGGUGAGGCGGUGCUACAGGCGGAGGAGGGGAGUGAGAAGAAGCAAGAGGUAGAGAAGGAAGGGAGUGCUUCGCCUGCUCCUGAUUCCCCAGCAUUCAUUCCGGAGUUUCCCACCUUUGGAAUUGCUGUCUCCAGCAUUCCGCCUGCCCUCCCUCCCCCUCCUCCUCCUCCUCCUGCAGCAGCUGUCUUGAGGGUUGGCGAGAGCGAGGUGGGGAAGAGUGAAGGAGAGGGAGAGAGGGCGGAGAGUGUAGAGGAGGGAGGGGCGGGAGAGCAGGGGGAGAGUGAAGAGAAGGGAGAGCAUGCAGGGAAGGGGGAGAGUGAAGAGGAGGGAGAGGAGGGAAAGAAGGGAGCGAAUGAAGAGGAGGGAGGGGCAGGAGAGAAGGGGGAGAAUGAAGAGAAGGGAGAGGAAGGAGAGAAGGGGGAGAGUAAAGAGGGAGAGUUGGUUCGACAUGAGGGGAGUGCAGAGGGGGUUGAGGCGGGUGAGGGCGAUGGUGGUGUGGUUUCCCAGAGACCUGGUAAAGAGGGCGAGGAGUGGGUGGGACAGGAUGAGGGGCAGGUUGAAUGCGGAGGGGGUGCACAGCAAGUGGGGCAUGUAGAGAGGCGGGUGCCGGCAGAGGAUGACUCGAGGCAUGAUAGGCACAGCACAGCAGGAGCAGCAGCAGUGGCGGGCGCAGGAGCAGCGGCAGCAGCAGCAGGAGCAACAGCGGCAGCAGCAGCAGGAGUGGUGCCCGGGGCACUGGAGCCUCUGCAAUCAGCUGACAAGCUGCCCACCUGGCAGCCAGCAGACCAAUCAGAAGACGCCGACACCUCACACGCUUUUACUACUGGCAUCUCCUCCUUCCCAAGUACCGAAGCUGCUUCUCACAGCGAGUCACUCUUUAACGUGGAUGUUACAUGCCCAUCCCUCUCAACCAAUGCUGCAUCUCCAUCGCUCUCCCUCGAUGCGGCAUCCCCAUCCAUCGGCUCUCCCGUUGUCGGUGCUGCUGCAUCUGCUGCCAUCUCCUCUCUCCCUCAAGACAAGAGCUCCACCCAUCACCCAAACUCCGCCUACCCUCCUUCCCCCACCCCCAUCUCCCCUCAUUCCCCCGCCUCGUCCUCUCCUCGCAUCAGUGAUGCUGGGUCCCCCACUUUAGUUCCCGACUCCCCCACCUUUGGGCUCACCGGUACUCCUGCCAUUGCCAGCCCCACUUCUGUUGCUGCCACAGCCGCUGCUGCUGCCGUUCUGGGUGACCUGAGCACGGACUCGCCCACAUUCACCCCGGAUUCACCAACCUUCGGGUUCGCUGCCCCCAGCGCUGCCAGUGCUGCCGCUGCUGCUGCUGCUGGCGGGUGGGGGAGUGUUUCUGCAACGGCUGCAGGCGCCCUCGGCGAUUCCUCCCCCCCCACUGUGGAUUUCUGGCGUGCUGACUCUGCUGAAUCUGCUGACUCUGUUGACUCUGCCGACUCGACUGCUCUCGAUCACGAUGCUCUUGAUGGGCGUGACUGUGAUGCCCCCAGCGCUGCCAAAGCCCACACAGAGGAUGCUGCAGCUGGAGACCUGCUGGCAGGAGUGGCAAUGCAGGAGGCAGAGCAGGCGGGGCAGCAGGAGGCAGAGCAGGGCGGGCAGGGAGGCGAGCGAGUGGAUUGCCUGAUUGAGGACUCGGUGCACUCCAUGCUCUUUGGGGUGGGCUCCUUCUCUAUCACCCUCUCUUACCACCCUCUCUUACCACCCUCUCUUACCACCCUCUCUUACCACCCUCUCUUACCACCCUCUCUACCACCCUCCACCACCCUCAUCCCCCUUCCCUUCCGUUCACCACUCUUCCCCCACCACCCUCCCCCUUCAUCACACGCCCUUCGCUGUUCCGCGCGACUAUCCUGCCCCCUCUCAUAG